AUGCAAAUUGAGGCUCAGAAACUGCUACAUGAGCAGCUCAAGGUGGGCUCAAGUUCGCUAGUUGAAUUGGUACAAAAGGAGCUGCAAUUACGUAUAGAGAAGCAAGGUGAGCAAUUGAGAAAGAUUAUGGAAGAACAAGAGAAAGCUGGCAGCAGCUUAUUCCCCAUCAAUGGUUUAUUUUCAUGCAUCAAUUCAAUGACAGAAGCUGAACAGUCAAUCCCAUGUUCCUUUCCUGGUACCUCAGCAGACCAAGUGGAGUCAAAUACUGAGAGUUCAUCUCUACCAAAGCAUAAGACCUCGGCCGCUAAUGAAUAUCAACCAUCAAGAAAUCAGAAACGGCCACGGGAAGAAUAG